AUGAAGGUGCAUGCAGAGCAGCAGGAACUGGAAAGGUUUUGGCUGGAGUGGGAGAUGGAGCAGUUGGCCCUGGAGCAAAGUGGAGUGGGGAAGUAUUUGCAGCUCUUAGCUGUUGCUCUGCUGCUGGUCCUUCUCUUGGCCCUAUGGUUUAUGGGGUGCAAAAGGAGCAUGAGGAGGGAGGAGCCUGAAGAAGAAAGUGUGAAUGCAAGUGAAGAUGAGGGUGGAAAUGAAGUAGAUGAUCAUGUUCAAGAGAACAUAGGAAGGAUGUUAGUGGAGCGCAUCCAGUGGCCUGUGCAGGACCUACAGGCAGGCUGUGAGUGGACAACUGACCUGAUGGACAAUUAUAUGGUUUAUUUUGGACACAUCUUGUCAAACAGUUUCUACCCAGUGCUGCAACGAGCCAUCGGGGUGGGCAGUGCCUUUGAAGGCUGGAGUCCACGUGAGCAGGAUGUGGUGUACCGCGUGCUCAUCCCCAUGACUCCUCCCCGAGGCCACAGCUUCCACCUGGAGCUGGACAGUGCAGGGCAGAGGCACGUGAGGAACUUCCGUGUCCGCGUGCAGCUGGAGUGCACCUGCACCAGGGAGCAGCAGGCUGAGAACAUGCUGUGCUUCCUGCACCACCCCGAGGAGGAGCUGAGGAGGAAUCAGGGUCCCAGCCUCCUGCACACCCUGUGCACCGGCUCCUACCUGGAUGUGCAGAAAACUGCUCGCUGGUUCUACCAGCUGGUGAGAGCAAUCUGGCCAGCUUUGCCUCAGUCACACAACUGGCACUUAGUGCUGCUUCCCUCCACACGUUCCUGCCAAUUCAAGGUGACCAACGGCAGGGAAAGCUUCAGGAUUGAGAUGCUCUUCGGGGUGCGGAGAGGUGACUCUGACAUCUUUGUGAGCAGCCAGCCAGGAUAUGCUGGAACGCCAAGCACUCUGUGGCUGGAGUCCUAUGAUGUGGCAGAGAUGAAGUUCUUCAAGCACAUUGCCAGGCAGGCCCCCCCUGACAGCUUGCACCUGAGAUGCCUGCAGUUCUUCUCCCAUCUUCAGCUGGGUAUAGGCUUUUCCACCUACACCAUGAAGACCAUUGUCAUGCACCUCCUGAACAUCAUUCCUGUGUCACAGUGGUGCAGGAGACAUUUCCUGAGGCGAUUGAUGGAUAUCAGCGAGAGACUGCUCUUAUCCUUGGAAGCGAAAUGCCUCAACCACUUUAUUGUGGGUAACCAGAGGCUUCCUGAGGAGAUCACUUUGCCCCCAGAUGUUCAAACAGCUGAGCCACCCAACCUUUUCCUUCGCCUGGUGAUGGAUCCAGUUGCCUGUUCCCAGGGGAUAGGCGAGUACUUGGAUCUGCAACGUCGGCUUGUAGCAAUCCUUAAACCUGACAAUUGA